AUGUGAGUUGUGAGGGGAACUAAAACAGACAUGGCAAGCCAGAAAGGAGUGGAUGAAAAGAAUGAAGAUCCGGUUCACCUGAGACGCAGAAUUAGUCUGGUGCCUGCAAUCUCCUUCAUCAUAGGCAACAUGGUGGGCAGCGGGAUCUUCAUCGCACCCAAAGGAGUACACAUCAAUACAGGCAGCGUGGGAUUCUCCCUGCUCAUCUGGGUGCUCUGUGGACUCCUCUCCAUGUUUGGUGCCUUGUGUUAUGCUGAGUUGGGAACAAGUUUCAAAAAGUCUGGUGGCAAUUACAUAUAUUUACUUGAGAGUCUUGGGCCACUUCCUGCUUUCCUGACGCUUUGGUCUGAGAAUAUUUUGAUCAGACCUGCAUCGACUGCAUAUAUUUCCCUGGCUUUUGGACAAUAUGUCUUAGAACCCUUCUUCAUACCAUGCCCAGCUCCUCCCCUGUUAGUCAGACUGACUGCUGUUCUUGGAUUGACAAUUUUGGUGGCAGUGAACUGCUGGAGUGUCUCGCUGGCCUCUCAUACACAGGUCGUCAUCUUGAUCAUGAAGCUCUGUGCUCUGAUUCUGAUCAUUGUCCCAGGAAUUAUGGGCCUGGCUGAAGGACGAACUGAAAACUUCCAGAAUGGUUUUAACUCAGAGCUUCUCACACUGACAAAACUGCCUUUCGCCUUCUACUCAGGACUUUAUGCCUAUUCUGGAUGGUUUACAUUAAACUUCAUUACAGAGGAGGUUAUCAAUCCAAAAAGAAACAUUCCACUGGCCAUCAUUUUGUCCAUGGUCACUGUGACUAUAUUAUACAUGCUGGUAAAUGGAGCAUAUUAUACUAUGAUGACUGAAGAUGAGCUGCUGAUAUCUGAUGCUGUAGCAGUGACUUUUGCCAACAAAGUCCUGCCCAGGAUGGCAUUCCUGGUGCCUUUAUUGGUGGCCAUGUCUUGUCUUGGGACCAUGAAUGGGGGAAUCUUUUCAGCAUCAAGAAUGUUACUUGUGGCAGCCAGAGAGGGACAAUGGCCAGCUCUGUUUUCCAUGAUGGACAUACAACGAAGGACCCCAACGCCUUCUCUAUUAUUUCUGUCCCCGCUAAUGAUUAUCAUGGUGGCAAAAGGAGAACUUGAUCAGCUGAUCAACUUUGCUUCCUUCUCACACUGGUUCUUCCUUGCCUUGGUUACACUGGGCCUUCUCAUCCAUCGCUAUCGAUUCCCAGACCAUCCAAGAGCAUUUAAGGUUCCUUUGGUGGUUCCUGUGAUCUUCAUAGUGGUGUGUUUCUUUAUCGCGGGUCUGUCUCUAUAUUCAGACCCCUGGAACAUAGGUUGCAGUUUGGCUGUUACUCUCACUGGAAUCCCAGUGUACUACCUGACCAUAAAGCACUCCUAUGUACCCACCCAUUGGACAAAAGCCUUUGAUUACUGCAGUAAACAACUUCAGAUCUUGUUGAAGGUGGUACAGCAAGAGAUUCAGACCUACUGA